UGACUGUCACUCCCCCCUGUAUUACUCAGUAAAUGCUACUUUCCCCUAUAUUGCUCACUGAAUGUCACUCCCCAGCCCCUCCCCCUGUAUUGCUCACUGACUGUCACUCCCCCUGUAUUGCUCACUGUUUUCUGACAGCGGCCCGAUGUUGCAGCUGCUGCUCCUGCUGCUGACAUCGAGCCUCGGCCUUGCUGCUACCUCCAGACCGGGGGUGGUGCUGAUCUUGGCCGAUGACCUCGGAUACGGCGACCCGGGCUGCUUCGGGCACCCGAGCUCCCAAACUCCGAACCUGGACUGGCUGGCGGCGAAUGGCAGGCGAUUCAGCGACUUCUACAGCGCGGCCAGUGUCUGCAGCCCGUCUCGGGCAGCUUUGCUCACAGGCCGCUAUCCCGCUCGGUCAGGGAUUUAUCCAGGUGUUUUCUACCCUGCGUCAAAGGGUGGUCUUCCACUAAAUGAAACCACCAUCGCUGAGCUGCUAAAACAGCAAGGAUACCAAACAGCAAUGGUGGGUAAGUGGCAUUUGGGCUAUGGGCUCAAUGGGAGCUACUUACCCAUCCAUCAGGGUUUUGAUAAAUUCUUGGGCAUCCCCUACUCCCAUGAUCAGGGGCCCUGCCAGAACUUGACGUGUUUCCCACCAGAUACCAAGUGCUUUGGAGAGUGCGACCAAGGUGUGGUCCUUCUGCCCGUGUUCAGGAAUAACAAGAUUAUCCAACAGCCGGUCCACUUUACCAAGCUCACUCCAAUGUAUGAUAACUUUGCAAGACACUUCAUUCUGAAAGCAGCAAAGAAGCAGAAGCCAUUCUUCCUUUACUAUGCAUCACAUCAUACCCACUAUCCCCAAUUUGCUAGCGCUGAUUUCGCUGGAAAAUCCAAGAGGGGUCCUCUAGGAGAUGCAUUGAUGGAAUUUGAUGCAUCAGUGGGGGUGAUACUAAAUGCUUUACGAAAAGCUGGAGUGGAGAAUAAUACUCUUGUCUUCUUCACUAGUGACAAUGGUCCGGAACUGAGGCGACAAAUACGUGGUGGGAAUGCAGGGCUGUUGAGGUGCGGCAAAGGCACAACGUACGACGGGGGAAUGAGGGAACCUGCUAUUGCCUACUGGCCUGGCCGUAUCAUUCCAGGUGUAACCCAUGAGCUGGCCAGCACCCUGGACAUCCUUCCAACAAUUGCCAGCAUCUCGGGUGCAAAGCUUCCACAGGUCAAACUAGAUGGAUAUGACAUGAGUGAUAUCCUCUUCAAUAAUGGGAAGAGCAAACGGGAAACCAUGUUUUACUAUCCGGUCACCCACACCAAAAAGCUGGGAAUUUUUGCUGUGCGUUAUGGAAAGUACAAGGCUCAUUACUAUACUGAAGGUUCCAUUCUUAGUGACACUAGCCCAGAUGAAUCCUGCCACUGGAGCGCACCAGUCAUGCGUCACAUACCUCCAUUGCUCUUUGACUUAGAAGCAGAUCCUUCUGAAAACUACAGACUCAGCUGCUAUGAACUUCCUACUUUCGCUUCAAUAAUCGAACAGAUCCAGAACGAAACAGUCAAAUUUGAGUCAGAAAUGGAGUUUGGAGAAAGCCAAAUGGAGAGGGGACUCGACCCUGAACUUGAACCAUGUAUUAAACCCGGUUGCGAGCCACGGCCUCAGUGCUGUCAACAGACUUAGCCAGGGAGAUGGAAGGAAAGCAAAAUACAGCCUAACAACUAUAUUACUAUCACUUGCUAAUCUCAUGCCGAACCUAUCCCGUAUCGAUUUGGAACAGGGAGAUAAGUCCAGCAGAGUCCUGGCUGCUAGAAUCUGUGGUUAAAUCCUUGGGUGCAGGUGAACAAUUGAGGAUGAUUUAAAGAGCUUCAUCUCCUUGAGAGGAAGGAAAUUCCCAGCAAGGAUGCUUCUGGGUUCCCUGGUCCUUUGAAAAAUUAAAUCAUUGCAGUGAAUUCUA